GGGAAGAACGGUCGGCAACAGUAGAUUCCCGACGCUUUGUCUGAACGCCCUUCAUUUCGUGUCAUGUAGUAUUACAAUUAGGCUGACUGCGACUGCUCGGCACAAAACGAACACGAAAGCAGUACUUAUGUCUUCUCAGUCGGUGAAGAGAAACUCGGGGUCCGGUAGUUCCCGAACGCUUCGGGAGACGAGGAGCAAGGCUGCGACAAAACUUGAGACGUCUACCUUGUCAUUGCCAAUUUACGCACACCAGCCCUGGGACCCCUUUAGCGUGCGGCAACGGGAGAAGGACGUGCGAAGCGUUUUCGCCCGCAGUGUCCGAUGGUGGACAGUAUGCAGUUUUAUCCCGUGUUGGAUCGCGAUUUUCGUGAAUGGCUACCUCGCCCGCGUGCGGCACCCGUGGAUGAUAUCCGCGCCUAUUUCUCUGUCCUCGCACGAAACCUGGCACGGACGAUGGCUGGCCACGAUGGGUUUCACAUUCACCGCCCUCCUGUACGCUCUCGUGGUUGCGCCGAAGGCGUUCUGGCGUUUCUUGGAACUGGUGGAUAUUGACCAAGACACAACUGCUGCAGAAGAAAUAAACCCCCAGAUGACAGAUGAGAUCGGAGAAGAUGAAACUGCUGGUAAAAAAAUCACGAGGCGGUCGAGUACCUCCUCGACGAAGCGCAAGUCGAGUCCAAAAAAUCGACGACGGUCGCGAACCCCGGCUGCAUCGACCGCUUCCUCUGCUUCGAACAGGCGACGCUCCGACGUGACGAAUGCAAGUACAACCACCUCCACCUCGAAAGGAGCGGAAGCAGGCCCCAACUUUAUUUCAGGAUCUCGCGGUGCUUCCGGCGCAAUGCAAGUAGCUGCGUACCUAGUCGCCGACGUCCUGACAGUGUGCUACUGUCUGCUUCUGCCUCUUCCGAUUUUUGCGCAGAACAGUAAAGAGCGAGCCUGGACGACGCGAUCAGAACGAAGGCAGUUUUUCUGGGAGAAAGUGCUGUGUAACGCCAGCGAGUUGGCAGCGUUGGUGUGCGCAGGAAUGCAGAUCUCGUGUGCAGGGCUGUGCUGGCAGAGCUGGUGGCCGGUGCAGGAAAACCGGAUUGUCGACACCGAAUGGACGGAACUGGAGUGGACCACCCUCAUUCAUCGUUUCGGAACUACGCCACUGUUUCUCGGCGGAUAUCUCUUCAUUCUCGGGGCUAUCCAUUGGGUUUUCAACGUGAGUGCGCGCAAAGUCCAGGCGGCAGUGUGGCGAAAGAGCGCGAAAAGCACAUUUGGACUGCAGUGCGUCCUCUACGCAUUGGUGCUUAACGUUAUCUACGUGCUGGGAUUGCGCUUGGGCUUCGUCGCAUUUGGCGAGCCCUCCAAGUACACUUUCCUGAACCUGAUGGGGAUCUCGCAAUACAUUGCUGUGCUCUGCUUCAACGCCGCCGCCUUUUCUCUGGCAGAAAUUUUGUCCUGAAAAUAUGUCACACGCAGAGUAGGCUCUACUUUCUGCUUCCAAAAAUACGACUACAUGAGCGCGUUGGUUCUUUCGCCGCUGUAGCAGCAAACCGCAAGUGAAUCUAAC